AUGUCUUCAGAACAGACAAGCUCAGCUCCGGUGAAGAUUCUCUCUCUCGAUGGCGGAGGAAUCCGCGGUCUAUCGAGCCUGCUCAUCCUCGAGCACAUCAUGGAGCGUAUUCGUGAUGUCGAGGGGCUGGCUGAGGUACCGCGCCCAUGCGACCACUUCGAUAUGAUCGGCGGGACAAGCACUGGCGGGAUAAUCGCAAUCAUGCUCGGUCGCCUGCGUAUGACAGUGAACGAAUGCAUUCGGGCGUACCGGGAUAUGGCUGAACGGGCCUUUACCCUGAAGUGGACUACCUUUUUCCCGGCUUCUCCAAGUGGUGCAUUCUCAGCCAAGGCGCUCGAGGCUGCGAUGCGUGAUACGGUCAAGGGGUUUUGUCCAGAGAAGGAGUGUAUGGACCAGCGAGCCAACCGUAAUUCGACACUCUCCACAUGCACCCAUCACGAGGCUGAGUUCCGCGACCCCUCGUGUACACCAACUGUCGUUCUCGCCAUCACGAAAGACAAUACCGAUGCGCGACCGACGUUAUUCACGACCGGCUACGACUUUUUUAAGCCGAUAUGUGUUGGGCGCGACAAUAUUAAGUUCAUCGAUUCUGCGCUGGGACAUAACAACCCCUGCGAGGUGCUAAUCGAGGAGGCGAAUCGGCGCUUCAAGGGGCGUACACGGAUGCAGAUCCUCAGCAUCGGAACAGGACUUGGGGGUAUAAUCGAUGUUGGUGAUACGCGGGUCAAGGUUAUCAAGGCCUUGAAGAAGAUGGCAACAUCAUCGAUGGCCGUGGCAAGCCGACUGGAUGACCGGUUUGGAGAGAGUGGUCAGUACACCCGAUUUAAUGUGGAAAAAGGAUUAGAGGGCACAGUAUUGUCAGACUGGGACAAGGCGAGCCAGAUCUCGGCCCACACUCAAAACUAUCUGAAAGAUAAUAAAAGAGCAAUCCAUAAAUUUGUGGAUGCGUUUCUGGGGCGGGGCCAACAAGCGGAGAAUGCAGAAGAUGGCAGGACUGCUCUUGUUUCCGGGCCUUGUUCACGGAAGCCAUGUCGGUACCUUCCUCUACCGGAGAACGAAAAUUUUGUUGGCCGGACAUCGGUCAUGAAUACAAUUAGGAAACAGUUAAUCGGCGACGAUGAUCAGUUGCAUACUAGAUGUAGUCGUGUUGCCGUUGUGGGGCUCGGUGGGGUCGGUAAGACGCAGAUCGCUCUACAGAUGGCCCGCUGGACGAUGCAGAAUAAACCCGACUGGCACAUCUUUUGGGUACCGGCAGUCAGCUUGGCUAGUUUCGAGCGGGCAUAUAGUGAAAUUGCCCGAGAGCUGGGACAGGUAGGAACUGGCAACAAGGAUGUCAAGAUGUUGCUUCGGCGCUACCUUGAAUCGGAUGCAUGCGGCCGCUGGCUCCUCAUAGUCGAUAAUGCCGAUGAUGAAAACUUGAUGGGGAGUGGAACGGAGGCAAUACGUGACUUUCUUCCCCGUACCGGACGGGGGCGCAUCUUGUUCACGACCCGCACGCGAAAGGUCGCCAGCCAGGUGGCCGGGAGUAAAGUUGUCGACCUCUUGAAGAUGGAUAAGGAUGACGCCAAGGAGCUUCUGGAGAAGUCCCUUGUGGAGAAACCCUUGCUGAAAGAUGAGGGGCUUGUGGCGGAGUUAUUGGAGACCCUGACCUUCCUGCCGCUGGCCAUCGUUCAGGCGGCAGCAUACCUAAAUGAGACCAGGACCUCGUUGAGUGAGUACAUACGGCUUCUGCAUUGCUCCCAAAACGACAUGAUUGAGCUAUUGGAGACAGAGUUUGCAGACGACACGCGGUACCGCGGGGCGCACAACGCCGUUGCUAGGACGUGGGUUGUAUCUUUCGAACAGAUUCGGGUGGACCCAGACGCGGCCAUGCUUCUCAGCUUCAUCGCGCACGUUGAAUCGAGAGCAAUACCACGAUCGAUGCUCCCACCGGUGGGGUCAGAGCAGAAAAUGACACACGCGAUUGGGGUUCUCUGUGGCUAUUUCUUCUUAAACGUACGAGAGGAUGAGGCAACCUAUGAUAUGCACCGGCUGGUGCACUUGGCAUCUCAAGUGUGGGUGCGCCGACAGGAUAAUGCAGUGAAACAGAGACUGCAUGCGUUGGAUCGUCUAGGGGAUAUAUUGUCACCGCCUAGGUGGGAGCGACGCGAGACGUGGCGCCCGGUGCUCCCCAUGCCAUAA